AUGCCCUUCUUCCGCUUCCGACGGAAGAAGCCGGCGGAGGCGCCGACGGAGCCGACGCCCGAGGUGCAGGAGCUCGUCGCGAUCGAGGCCGAGACGUCGACGCUCCUCCAGGCGGUGGCCACGCCGUCGCCGACCAAGAAGCGUCCGCGCAAGGUCGUUGGCCGCGUGACCAUCGAGGUCUUGGACAGCGUACCGCCCACACCCGCGAGCGACGAGCCAGUCGACGUACCCGUAGCCGAUGCUGGGCCUGUAAUUGCGCCGGCGCUGCCGCCCAUGAACGACGACGCGCUCCAGUUCGCCGAUGAAGAAGCCCGCGUCCGCGGCCGCCUCGAUACGUUUAUACCUGCGUCAAUUCCGGCCAAGGACGCAGUUGAGAACCAGCUCACGCAGUUGCAGCACGAGAAAGAUCGGCUGGAGAAACGAACGGCGAUACCGUCGCCUGUGCACCAAGGGUCUGCCCCCGAGUUGGAAUUUGAUAUCCUGCUUCCACCGAGCGAAAAGGAAUCGACAGACUCGGCGGCCACGCAAAUCCAGGCAGUGGCGCGGGGGUUCGUCACGCGACGCGCCACCCGCCGCGCCAGUGCGCUUGAGGAAGCGGCCAAGUGGCGCGAAGUGCACGAUCCAGAGCGUGGCGAGACGUGGUACUACAACAGCGCGACGGGGCAGAGUCAGUGGGCGCCACCAACAGGCGCCCUCGGUCCUCCUCGCCCGACGAGCCCACAGCAGCGCCCGUCGUCGGGAUCCCGCACGACGCUACUACCGCCGCUCUCUCCUCGCCAAAACCUCUCGCUACCGUCGCACCCCGCGCCGGUCUCGCCGCUGCUCUCGUCGCCUGUUCUCCCUUCGCUCGGGAAGGAGCCGUUCGUGCUUCAAGACGUCGACCCGCACGGCGACUGCGCGAGCGAUGCGAGUGUGGCCGACGCCAAUGUCGACUGGAUGGACAACGACGCGCUCUUCCUCGCCGACGGCUCGAAGAACGCCAAGCUCCGGGACACGAUCCGCGGUGCGCUCAAGAUCUCGCGCUUCGACUCGGUCUCGGCGCUGUUGACGCACAACGUGACGUUCAAUGCGCCAAAGACCAAGGCGCGGGGGCACCGAGACAUUGCGUUGGGGCGGAAACCCGAUCAGUUUAUGGUGGCCGUCGUCGCCAAGAAGCCAAGUGCCAAGAGCAAAAAAGCGCCGGCACGGCUUGCGACGCCCGUGCACGUUCGCAUUCGCGAUGUCGCCGACCCGGGCUUCCUCGAGGCUUCCAGUACGAGAGCCAGCAGCAACAACAACCAAACGAUCGCGAGUGACGAUGUGCCCAAGCCGACGCAGUGCUUUGCGUGCUGGAGCGCCAUCAAAGGCUGCAAGUGCGAAGCCCACACGGUGGGGCCGGCGCGUAUCAAGCACGCGUCCGAGAGCGCGCUCCUCUGUUCCAACUGGGAGGUCGACCAGCUCCGGCGCAAGUACCGGGCCGAAGAGAUCCAAGAAGUGUUUUUGAAAGCCAAUAGCUCACUGCGCUACGACCGAGUGCGCAAGUCGUACGUGACAGUCAUCGAGUGCCGCCAUCCCAUCUACCGCGCGAUCGACGCAGCGACCACGGCCUUGAACAAGACGAUGCGCCGCAAGCUCCACGUCCGCGCGUGGUUUCGGUCGUUUCUCGAGCACCUUCGGCUCGGGCGCGUCAAGAAGGCGGGCAACGCACCGUCAAUUCUCAAGGUCCGUGAGACGUUGCGCAACGCCAAGUGGUGUGGCGACUACGCGUCCAGCGUCCGGAGUUUCCAGCCGGUCGCCCCCGUGACACUGCAGCGGUUCACCGACACACCGAUCGACGGUGUCAUUGUCGUGCCGCCAAAUACACCGAUGCUCAAGCACGGGAUCCUCAAGACCGAGGUCCCGCGACCCAUUGUGCUCUAUCAGCCACGCAAGUACGAGCUCUUGCCACGACGCUGCAUCCCCAUGCCAACGCCGUCGUUCUUGGACCAGAUCCCACUGCCCGUCGGCAACACGUACAUUGACGGACUCUCCAAAGUGAGCUGGCUCGAGCGUGUGAGUGCGCGCAUCUCGCUCGCGGCCAUGUACCGCGGCCUCAUGCAAGUGAAAGCGUGCACGCCACCACGGGGCUUUGACGUGCCGCGGCGCACGCGGAUCACGCCCCCCACAACUGUGCUCUUUGCGUCGUUUGGGCGCAAACCGACGCCCGGCAACUUGGCCAUCGGUGGUUUGGUGGCCGAGAUGCUCAUCUACAUGGUGGUCACGACGUUUGUGCCGCCCCAGUUUGGCAACUUUAACGUGACGGACCGCCGCGCCAUUUGCCCGCCCUUGACAAUCGACCACAGUGCAAUGUAUCUGUGCUUGGUCAUUGCUCCGACGACGUGGCACUAUGUGGUACGGCCACUCGAGCACCCGCUCAAUAGCCGCCGGCCGCCGACGAUUCUCUUGGUGAUUGAAGGCGAGGGCCAUAUCGCAUGCAUCAACCGGCCCGAGCAAACCGGCGAGGACGCGUGCUACGGCUUCAUCACGACACUUGAAAGGCCGGGGCUCCAGAUGCCCGACGAGACCAAACCGGUAGCCUUUCUGCCCCAUGAGACCGUUCUGACGUUCAAUGUGGCCACGGCAAAUGCGACCGUGACAACACGCGCCGACCGGUAUUAUCCGUUUUGCGAGCCGACGACGCGGGAAAGCACUAUCAUCGAGUUCAUGCACCUCCUCUGGCUCGGCAAGUCGAGUCGCAAUCAGACGCAGUGCUUUACAACCCUCGGGUCGCAAGAGCCUGGCGAGUUUAUGAAAAACUGCAAUGUCGAAGGCGCCAUGGGGGCGUACACCCCCAUGGUGUAUCGCAGUUGGGCGUACAUGCAGACAAGUCCCUUUGAGGAGUUUGUGACUGACGACGGCAUUGCCUACUGGUAUGAAAAGGCUACCGGUCGUACGUACUGGACGCGGCCCGUGCUCGAAAUUGAAAAGCACCGGGGACCCGACGGCGACAUUGAAGGCGAUGUGCAGGACGGUGUUGGCGAGAAGGCGACGACCGGCGUCGGUGGUGCGGAAGCUCGCUACACCCAAAAAGAAAUGCGGGCGUACAUGACCAAGACGAUGGAGAGCCCUGACGACCGCGCCAUGCGACUCAAAGUGGUCGAGCGCAGCGCCAAGACCAACUCGAUCAUCAAGCCCCCGUUGCACGACGAGGCAGAAUCUGUGGCUGUGCGUCCAUCGCGCCCGUCGCCUACCAAAGUCGCGGUGCCCAAGCUGUCGUUCCAGAUUGAAAAACCGGUCGUGAGCCACAACAAAGGCCUUCCAUCGACCACCAAGCCAACGCCCCAGUUGCAACCGAAGAGCCCUUCGAAAGCAGUGGCCAGUAAGCGGCUCGUGGCGCCGAAUACGCAAAAGCUCAUCGAGUCGCUCACAUCGGCCCUCGGCGCGUCCAUGGCAGCUUCGAGCAUGAGCCCGAACGACGUCUUGCAGCUCGGCAUCGGUUUGGGCAUGGGUCUCGGGCUUCGAGAUGCCGAGGUGCUGCUGGAGGACGAUACGGCCAGGAACGACGCUCUCUCGGAUCGUCAAGACGACCCCGAGGUAGCAAUGGACGAUGAGGUAGCUACGGUGCGCUCGCUGGCGACCACACGCACGGAGAUGAGUGUGCUGCCGGAUGCGACGCCCGACGAGAUCGAGAUCGAACCGGCCAAGGCACCGAUACCAUUUGGUACCACGUACCUCACGCAUACGACGCCAGGCGAAGGCGAUACGUGGGUCAACAAGCCCGUCGACUUUAGCGCCGAGAGUCAAACGGCCGUCGACGGCUUUCAAGGCGCCGUGCACCGCAGCGUGGCCAAGCUGCCAAAGAACUUUGUCGCGUGUGCCAACUCGACGAAAACGGUCAAGGCCGAGACCAACUAUCUCCCCGUCAUCAUCAACAAGAACCAGCCACGUUGCGUGGGCCUCGUUCGGCCCCGGACCGCCGCCGACGAGUGGCUCGUCGUUGGCUAUGAUCCCUGGGUCGCGGGAAAGGAGCUCUUCAACCUCGAAUUCGUCAAGGCGCUGGCAAUCGAAGACGAAGACGCUCCGGCGGCCCCGGUCGUCGCCGCCGCAUUCAUCGACAAGGAAGGGCACGCGGCACGGCAAGAGGUCGUGUCCCAGGCAGCCAAGGAAGCCAUGGAGCUCGAGCACGUCAUGAGUUUGGCGCGUCACGGCAAAUACGCCGAAGUGGAAAACCUGCUCAACCAACCCGACUGGUCGCUCUCGAUCGACAUGAAGGACAAUGCGGGCAACACGCUCCUCUCGAUCGCGUGCCAAAACAACAACAAGCGCAUCGCAAAGCUCUGCUUGCGCAAAGGCGCCGACCUCAACACCCAAAACCUCAAUGGGCAAUCGCUCUUGCACUACUGCCACGCAUACGGCUUUCACGACCUCAUGGAGUACCUCAUGGAGAAGGGCGCGCGCGACGACCUUGUCAACAAGGACGGUCUCACGUGCUACGAAGGGCUGGAUGCAGACACUGUCGAGAAGCUAUAAUAGACUCUCUCAUCUCGCUUGGUCUGAUAGUUGGGACGAGGCUCAGUUGCGAGACGAACAAGCCGCUGGACAGUGGUGCCUCGACCUUAGCUCGGCGUGACCAUCCCAGCUCUUAGCGCCAGUCGUAACUGCAAAAUGCCAGUUUCGUUCUUGCUACA